AUGGCGACGACCGUGACCCGAACUGUCCUGACUCCGGUCAAGCAAACCGCCCCCGGCGCCACGGUCCAAGCGGGUCCUGGCAACUGGAGGCAUCCUCUACUGGCCGAACUGGAGAAACGGCGAAGAAGGACUGUCUUUGGCGAAGAGAACGUGAGGCAGAUUGCAUACAACUCUUUGGCACUCUUCGUCAUCGAGAGUCUACGGGCAGUUUUGCAUCCUUACUUGCGCGUGGAAUUCCUCACCUUGAGCUGGAAAAGCUACGGUAGCUGGAUCUACGCCGCUCUUCUCCUGGUCCCUCUGGUCAACAUUGUUAUAGCAUUACUGCCGCUCUUCCGCCCGGCAGAUGACUUCGCCGACAUCCCCCUGACGCCUUCCCAAAGGAAGCUUCUCGGACUGCCACCGAUCGCGAAAGCGACCCCAGGGGCCACCGCUAUCAGCACACCUCCCAAGUAUUCCCGGACGCCAUCAAUGGCAGGAACGCCAGCUAGCAUGAAAACGGGCGGCUCUGCGCUGUCGAUGGCCAAGAACGGUAGCUCGGAAAUAACUCUCAGCGAGCCGUACUCGCCUUCGCCCGUCAGCCCUCUGUUUCAGAAGGUCAUGCAAGGGAACAAGCAGUUUACGGUGAACGCUUUCAGCCCGCUCGGCGCCAGCACGAUGAGCAACCCCUUUGGAUCGAGCAUCAGCAGCAGCGCUUUUGGUUCUAGCACAGGCAGCAGUGUGUUUGGCGAGGGUCCGGCCACGCCGACCCCGGCGUCUGGAAAGCGGUCGAAUGUGUCGAGUGUUGCGCUGACCAACAAGUGGCUGUUUGAGAAGCGAAGGAGGCCGGAUUGCUGA